CUUCAGGUGGCUGCUGUUCAGUGACCCAGGCUUUCAGGGAAUGAUUGCUGUGCUGGAGCCGGGAGCGUACCCGGUCCCUGAGACCUGGGGCUUCCAAUCACCCUUUGUUGGAUCUCUUAGGCCACUUAAAAUGGGUGGUUUCAAAAUAGAGAAUCCAAAUGAAGUCAAGGCUGUGGUGUUUGAGAAGCCUGGCCUUGAGGGCUCCUGUUUGGAAAUUGACAGUGACGUUUUCAGCUUUUGUGAAAGUCAAGAAGACAUUGCUACAGAUGGAGAAAACGUUGAAUCAACACAACUGAAGUCUAUGGGUUCUCUAAAGAUCAUCGGAGGAUUCUGGGUGGGCUACAGCGAGCCUGGGUUUGAGGGCCAGCAGUUCAUCCUGGAGGAGGGGGAGUACCUGGACUGCAGCGACUGGGGGGGCUCAGAGCAGCUCCUGUCACUGAGACCAAUACUGGGUGAUUUCAUGUCUCCACACCUCAAAAUGUUCAGCGACAGAGACUUCGGUAAUGUGGGCGUCAACAUUGACCUCUCAGUGCCUGUUAUUAACAUGGAGGACACAGGCUAUGGUGUGAAGACGCAGUCAGUGGAUGUCAUCAGUGGAGUCUGGGUUCUGUUUGAGGAGCUGGGCUUUUGCGGGGAGAGCUUCGUCGUGGAGAAAGGCCUGUACGGAUGCCCGGAGGACUGGGGGGCGCUCAAACCCAGACUUGCCUCAGCAAUGCCUGUCCGGGUGGAUGACUUUGAUAAUGCAGCCAAGUUUAAGGUGCAGCUUUUCUCUGAUCCAGGCUUUGAAGGCUCUGUCCUCCCUCUGGAAGACAGCGCGGCCUCCCUGCAGGACGGCGUGUCUGUGUCCUCUUGUAAAGUCCUGGCUGGAAGCUGGCUGGCGUUUGAGGGCCAGGACUUCACUGGCAGGAUGUAUGUGUUGGAGGUGGGGGGCUACCCGGACCUGAGGGCGAUGGGCUGCGUCAGUGCGAGCUCAUCCAUCCUGUCACUACAGACUGUUGGCUUUGAGUUUUCCCUCCCAUCAAUCACUCUGUUUGAGCGGAGUGGGCUGUGGGGGAAGAGAGUGGUUCUGACGGAGGCAUCAGUCAACCUUCAGCUGGCUGGAGGCUGCAGCCGAGUCCAAUCUGUACUGGUGGAGGGAGGCAUGUGGAUUUUAUAUGAGGGAAUCAACUAUCGUGGUCCUCAGAUCUUGCUGAAACCUGGCGAGGUGCCAGACUUGAGAAAGUUCAGCAGUUGGCAGAAAAUUGGAUCCCUUCGCCCUCUCACACAGAAGCGAGUGCACUUCCGUUUAAGGAACAGACACUCGGGGCUCAUGAUGUCAGUGAACGGCGAUUUGGAGGAGGUCAAAAUGCUGAAGAUCCAAGAAAUAGAAGAGAAUGAUGGAUUCGAUCAGAUCUGGUUCUACCAGGAUGGACACCUCCACUGCAAGCUGCUGGAGGAGUGCUGCAUGGGUCCCACUGGCAGUGUGACGAUGGUAGGAAGCCGAGUGGGUCUCAGCCCACAUCCUGAAAACCAUGUCCACCUCUGGAGCAUCACCCCCGAGGGCUUCAUCCGCUACACCCCCACCUCUGAUCUGGUGCUGGAAGUCAAAGGGGGACAACACUACGACAAAACACAAGUGAUUUUAAAAACACUUGAUCCAAGUAAACCACAACAAAGGUGGGAUGUGGAGGUGAUAUGAAAACCUAUGAUCUCCUGGACUGUUAUAUAUUAUUAUCAUCAGAGGCUGUCAUGCAGCUACAAGAUGCUCAAAGGCGAGGUACGAUCAGAGAUGUUCCCCCUCUGCAGGAGGACUACACAAGUGUCCCAUGAGGUCAACAUGGAGAGCUUUGGAUAAAUCCGUAAGAAUGUAUUACUACUCAGAGCAGAGUCUGAACUUGAAAUGCUUUGUAUUUUACACCAAUUAUAUCCUACAACUUUCUUUGUAUUGAAUAAAUCUGUUUGCCAGAUUUUCAUUAACUUAAACAGUGUUAAAAAUGUUCUAUACCUGUAUGCAAUGUUAUGUUAUAUGUAUACUGUAUAUAUAGCACUAUUUUCCAACUGCAUGCGAAACAAAAAAAUAAAUGUUCUCUUGCAA